AUGUCGACGCUGCUACGUCUCGUACUAUUGACAUUGGCCGUGGUGCUGUCGCCCUCGCGUACACAAGCUGCCAACAAAUACCCGAUCAUCCUGGUCAACGGUUUCACCGGGUGGGGGCGUGACGAACUGCUAGGCUUCCGAUACUGGGGCGGCAUCCAACGCGAUUUCCAGAAUGAACUAACUGCGCAAGGCUACACUGUCUACACCGCUGCGGUUGGUCCGUUCGCCAGUAACUGGGACCGUGCCUGUGAGCUCUACACGAUCAUCAAAGGCGGUCGAGUAGACUACGGCCAGAAACACUCGGCCACGCACAACCACCUUCGCUAUGGACGCAACUACACGGGGCUAUAUCCGCAGUGGGGGACAGCCAACGCGGAUGGCUCCGUCAAUAAGACCGUCCGAAUGCUCGCUCAGCUCUUGGCGCACGGCACGACGGGCGCUCCGAUCGAGGAAGACCCGACGUCCCACGAAUUGUUCAAGGGAGGUAAGAAGUGGGUACACUCCAUCACGACCAUUUCGGCACCGAACCAAGGUACCACCUUGGGUGACGGCUUCUCGGUUAUCGGAGACUCGGUCAAGGAUCUAUUAGCUGGUGUACUAAGUGUCGUCGGUAUCCUCGGAGACAGCACCAAAAUGAUUUAUGAUGCCAAGUUGGAUCAAUGGGGAAUUACCCCCAAUAGGUCAGGCGAAUCCGUUCCAACGUACCUCGAGCGCGUGUUCGCAAGCAAGAUCUUCGAUCCAAGCUUCAUAGACGUGUGUCUGUGGAGUUUAUCCACCGGUGGUGCCAAGGAGGAAGCGACGUGGGUCAGGACCCUCAGUGACGUGUACUACUAUAGCUACGUCCAGGGAACCCGAAAAUGCAUUACUUAA